AUGCCAAGAACAAAAGUCCUCAUCAUAUCUGACACCCACGGCUUCCUCCUCCCACCCCUCCCAGCCGCCGACAUCCUCCUCCACGCCGGCGACCUCACCACCAACUCGUGGCCCUCCGAAUACUCCAAAACAUUCACCUACAUCGCCGCACACCCUGCACCGCUCAAGAUCGUCAUCCCCGGCAACCAUGACCGCUCGCUCGACGCAAAAUUUACAGCCGCGAACCCAUACACCAGCGCCGCUCGUCGCGCUGACGAAGUUCGCGCCUCAGCCGAACAAGCGCGCGCCCUUGGCAUUGAGCUACUACUAACGGACGGCCUGCACAACUACACGCUGCCCAAUGGCGCAACAUUUUCUAUAUUCGUGAGCCCGUAUACCCCACACUUCGGAGACUGGGGGUUCCAGUACUAUACGGGGAAGCAUACGUUCGAUAUCCCCGCGUGCGAUAUCGUCAUGACGCAUGGUCCGCCGAGCGGGAUUCUCGACGAGGCCCGCGUGGCCUGGCACAGAUUCGAGGUAGAGCAUGCAGGUUGUGAGAAGCUAUUGGAGGCUAUAAAGCGCGCGAAGCCGCAGGUGCAUUGCUUUGGCCAUAUUCACGAGGCGUGGGGUGCGUACAUGGCGCAUUGGGGUACAGAUGGAGAAGUGGAUGACCAACAGUCACGAUAUUUGCAACGGUAUGCUUGGCUACAACCAGAAAAAAGAAAAGGGCCUUUAACGGAAGAGCAAAAAGAAAAGGUGGAUCAGUUUGCAAAGGAUAAGGCGUGUGUGGUUGACCUAGCAGACGGUGAUGACAAGAUUGUCCCAGGACAGCAAACACUCUUUGUGAAUGCGGGCAUGAUGGAUGAGCUUGGUCAUCUGAGCAAAGCGCCAUAUCUGCUGGAUCUCAUGCUGCCAAGUACUGCCAAGGCAACCGAUGGGCAGAUUUCAACGUCUUAG